CGAGACCCGUAUGUAGAAGGCGGAAGGAGACGGAAAACAACAUCAGCGACAGCUGCGCCAAGCAGGCAGCUUCGACUCGGCGGAAAGGUUUCCCAAAGAAAGAAAAAAAAGAAAUUAAAAUCUUAUUCUUUCAUUGGUCAAGAGCUCAAUCGUCUUCGGUCUGCAAGCAUGUCUUUGUUCGGAAAGUGGUUCGGCACCAGCGGUGGGGGCAAAGGGGGCAAGGGGCCCACACCCCAGGAGGCUGUCCAGAAACUCCGCGAGACCGAGGAGAUGCUGGCCAAAAAGCAGGAAUUCCUCGAGAAAAAAAUUGAGCAGGAGAUCAUGACGGCCAAGAAGCACGGCAUGAAGAACCAGCGAGCGGCGCUGCAGGCCCUGAAGAGGAAAAAACGCUACAGCAAGCAGCUGGAGCAAAUCGACGGCACGCUGUCCACUAUAGAAUUCCAGAGGGAGGCGCUAGAGAACGCCAACACCAACACGGAGGUUCUGAAGAACAUGGGCUUCGCCGCCAAGGCCAUGAAGGCCGCACACAAAGAACUGAACGUGGACAGCGUGGACGACCUGAUGUCGGACAUCAUGGAGCAGCAGGAGCUGGCGCAGGAAAUCACGGACGUCAUUUCCAAUCCCAUCAGCUUUGGCGAUCAAGUGGAUGAGGAUGAGCUCAUGGCCGAGCUGGAGGAGCUUGAGCAAGAAGAGCUGGACAGGAACCUUCUGGACGUGGAAGGAAUGGCGAAUGUCAACCUGCCCAGCGUCCCGUCUGUGUCGCUGCCGUCCAGACCAGCCAAGAAGGAAGAUGAUGACGGCAUGGACAUGGCCGAACUGCAGGCCUGGGCCACCAACUAAACUCAAGUGGAUGAGGGGGGGGGACCGCAGGGGCGCCCCUCCGACCCCACCCACCCACCUCCUGGCGAGCCGCCACCCUGAAGUGUGCGUUCAUGCCGGACCCUGUUGUGCAUCCUCUUCAGGGGGAAGCGUUCAAUGUGAACAAUCAAUACACGCACACAACAACAAUGCCACCACUCAAAAUAUUUGUGCUGCUUUUAUUCUUAAAAAAAGACAAAAUGAGAAGAAGAAAAAAAGACAUUUAGGUGAAGACGGCGGAUACAGGAAACAAUGUCCCGUCCUGACUUGUGGGAUUGUUUUAUCAUCAAGCUCUGGUGUUCAAUAAACUAUAGCUGACAGACUAAAAUCUA